GCGGUCGCCUGCGCGUCAGGCAGCCCCGCACAGCAGGUCAGCAGCUGCACGAGCCGCAGCCGCAGCGGCAGCAGCGAAUGGCCGCCCGCCGGCUGUUCCUGCGCUUCCCGGUGCUCGCCAACUCGCUCGUCUACGGCACGCUCUACACCGGCGCGGAGUUCUCCCAGCAGACCAUCACCCACAAGAUACUCGAGAAGGGCGAGCCGCGGCCGUACGACCUGCGCUCCAUCGGCCACUAUGGCGUGCUGGGGCUCGGCUUCUACCCGCAGGUCUACUACUACUGGUACCGCUGGCUGGACCGGCGCUUCGUGGGCACGGCGGCGGCCACGGUGCUCAAGAAGAUGCUGCUGGACCAGUUCGUGCUGACGCCGCCCCUGCUUGUCGCCUUCUACGUCAGUAUGAGCCUCAUGGAGAGGAAGAAGGAUCUGUUUGAAGAAUGCAGGAACAAACUGGUGCCAACAUUCAAGACGAGCUGCCUGUUCUGGAUGCCGGCCCAGCUGGUCAACUUCAUGUGGGUGCCUCCAGCGGCGCGUGUCAUCUACGUUGGCUCGUGUGCGCUCGUCUGGGUCAAUAUCCUUUGCUGGUUCAAGCGGCAGGACUACUGAGAGCACAGCUGGUGCCAUCUAGUGCUCUGGAGUGGCUCGUCUGCUACGCUACACGUCAUGCUGCACAUGAAAGCACCUGCCGUUCCUUCAGGAUAUGCGGACGACUCUGAAGAGCCACAUUACCUACGAUCUUCCAUUCCAUAUCUGUUUUGAUACUUGUGAGAAUAACUGAAUUACAUUUCGCGUGUAAUACUUACCUGCAUGUAGAUUUAGGAUAAAUGCAGCCAUGAUAUAUGUAAUGAAGGGAUACUAACGCAAGUAAAUUUAGAGCUACCGUCGACAAUCGUCCAUUAUUUAGUUCCCACUUGUUCUCUAUGUCAGGUCAUUUGGAGUGGGCUAGUUAAACCACAUGCAGGGAAAUUUUUGUAGCCAAUUUCUUAGCGUUUACAAUUUUCAUUUUUCCGUAAAACAGGAGCAUUAGUAACUAAUUUCGGUGUCUAAAAACAAUUAUGCGGAUACAUAUCUGAAAAUCGUAUGAUCCGCUAUAUCCGAAGUUCCUUUCUCUCUCAUUGCCACUAUUACGUCUAAGCCCCAGAGAUACGUACUUAGAAUAGCGUCCCUUCCCAGCAUGAGAAUAAAUCGCUAUUCAAAAAAAUAACCCUUAGCUUUGAAGAGUCGCUAUAUCCAAAUUUUGACCUUCAGUGUGUGUGUCCCACGACUUGACACAUACGUAGAAUAAUCAGACUUGUAUAUAGAAGGAAACUAUCCACAGUCCGAUAUUUAAGAUCUACAACGGAUGAUUUACUAUCAGAAGUUAUCGAUAAUUUGCUCAGAGAAGACAAUAUAAUUAUACUAACGCAUUUUUCACUACGUUCGCGAUGAUAGAAUUUACGAAGUCAUAGAAUUGAUGUGACUGAAAAUACAGCCUCCUAGAUUUUCGCUAUUUGGUGUAGUUUGAGCCUUGUGAAAGGAACAUGAAGGACUCUGGGGUGUUGUUAUGAAUAACUUGCUUUGCACUUAUACAGGAGAGAUGAACCAAACGACUCAUUAUUCGGUUUACUGAACCAUCUGUUAAUCAGACGAACACAGCAAGAGAGGAAAUUAACUCAGGCAUACUAGUCGAUUAUUUUCGACAUUUUCUUCAGCAUCGAAAGGACCAAUAACAGAAAUAUGUAAUGCAGCCCCCACAAAUUCCAUAAGUAUUCAUUUAUCGUUAUUAAAUGUACUAGAAGGACCCGACAGCCUACAUGUUGGCACCACUGCGCAAUAAACUUAUCUUUAAAGGGAAGAUGACAUUUCGAAAUGGUAUUCACUAGAAAAUAAUAAAAUAUACAUAUCUCCUUUACCUCUCCUUUACAGCACAAACAUUUUAACCUCUGCACAAACUACUUUUAAUAAUAUUAUACGAAAAAUUGAAUCUUUAUCUACAGAAGGGUAUUAUGACAAUCCGCACAAUGUCUGUAUAUACAUUUUCUAAUACGUUCACUUACCACAUGACACAAAUGAAAUCUGCUUUUUUAGUCAUAUAGCUCAGAAAAGAGCGUUUUAAAAAUGUUUGUACAACGUUUUGUCUUUGGCAAAAUCAGUGGGACGAUUUUUCAUCCUGUCUAUAGACAUCGCACAAUUUUCACAAGCACAAGAAUUCUUUAUCAAAAGUAUUUUGUACUACUCUGCUUUUACCAUCAAAUAAAAUCAUUGUGCUUAUGUUAUUCCUAAAAUAAAGGCUUAUUGUUUCUUGCUUCCCUCUGAGAAAUACACAUAAGAACGCCCAUAAUAACAUCGAGCAACGACCCUAAGUAACCUAUGAUUAGAGCCGCAUUUACGAACAAAAUCAUUAUAAAACUGGGACAGGGAACACCGAAUUGACAUACUCGAAAUUCUAAUGGAAUCUGAGUUAGUGGCAUUUGGCUACCAUGUCAUUUCAUCCGCUCUAGAACAUCCUGAAAAUUAGUCAUUCGCAGCAACUCAAUGAAAUCUGUCGAUGUAAGUCCAGGACUAAAUAAUAUGUCAACUUGAAAAUCAUCUCAAUGUACACAAAGGUGAUAGGGAGGAGAGCAAGUUUUGAAAUGUUGGACGCAGAGGAGAAAAUGAGUAACGUAACUGUCUUAUAAGGAUCAGAACUAAACCGAGAUACUUAAAAGAAUGGAACCAAGUCUGUGGAUGUACUGGUCCACAGUCAUCUCUACACUCAUGGCUGAUACAUUGUUCUGUCUGUAUGUACUGAAGGCUAUGAUAAAAUAUGGGCUGUUAGUAUUUUGUCUGUGUAUGAAAAUUAUUGUUAAACCAAUAUAUGACAUACAAUAUUUACAUAUUUCAUAUCCUUGUAUAGCAUAU